UAAACAGAACGCGUCGCGGUAGCCAGCCGCUGGGCCGCGGGUUGUCAAGUGCGGGCUGCUGGGCGAUGGGCGUUGGCGCCAGCCGCGAGGGAGAGAUAGCACCUGUGACUCCACGAUCCCCGAACGACGCGGCAAUGGGCUGUUGUUCGUCAACGACCUCUGUCCAGAAAGCCCAUUCGAUAGGCUUGACAGAGUCCUGUUCCUUCGACUCUUUUUCAAGACCUGCGGACAAGGGGAUCCGUCUGCCCUCUGCAGCGGUGCCUCAAAAAGAUGGUGGUUUGCUUGCCACCAAUCAUACAGAGACAACAGACACGGAGCGUUGUCAGCCGUUGAACUAUGAGGCGCCCAGAAAGAGACGUAGCUCGUCUACCUCUUCCAAAGGUUCCAGACACGGCAAUCACAGACAAAGUGCUUCUGAAGGUAGUGGCAGCUUCCUAUUGCAAGGGGUCCAUUUGGACCGGUCGCAAUUCAUGCGCUUGCCAGCUGAAGCGCCCUUGCGCAUUCUGCUUGGCCUGGUGGAGAUCCGAGAUAGGUGGUUAGAGCCCAAUGUGGAGAUCGCAUGUGAGAUCCGACUCUUUCAGCCUCGUACCACCUUGACGCUCGCACUAUUCCCGGAGUCCUCCUAUGCAGAAUCCAAAACGUCAGCGACCAUCAAGGGCGAGGUGAAAGGGCCUCACUCGACGUGGCACGUCGGUGAGGAAUUAGCCUUCGAAGGUGAUGCAGUUCGUCAGGAGAGGAAGAACGAAGGAGGGCUUCAGGCUCAGGUGUUGCUGAUCGAGCGGCCGUCUGGUGAUAAACUUGCUGCCACCUCUCAUUUUAAGGCGCGGGACCUGCACGGUGCCAAUGCCAGGGCGGUCCCAACGGUGCGGGAACGCCAUGAAGCGCUCUGGUCUCGUGGCACCUUCACCACCAGGCGAGUUGGCCAUGUCUCCAUUGCAGCUGGAUGGGCGGUUGGCUCAGACUUGUUUGGAAGAAGUGGAAGCAUAGAGAGUGCCGAGUUAAGAUUUGGAUUGUUUCUGAAUGAAGAUUUCCUGACGGGAGAGCUUGGGCUGCUGAUCCUGCUGGCAACUCUGGGGUGUCAACGACUCUGGGUGCCGUUUUCCAGACCGCCCAAGAAGAACGUGGUGGUGGUAGGAGGUGGUUUCGCUGGUCUGGCCGUGUGUCGGCGCCUGCGGCGGCGCUUCAAUGUGACAUUGGUGGAUGCCAAGCAGUAUUUUGAGUUCGUUCCCGGCAUGGUGCGACCAUACUCCAACCCAGAUCUUCAUCGAAAGUUGGUUCUGGACUAUGCAAAGGUGUGCUCGAAGAUGAAGGUGGCUUGGACCUGGGCCCGCUGUGCCAAGAUCCGUGCCGGGGAGGUCCUGGUUCAACCGGCCAAAGGAGCUGACUUGCGGCCUCUUCCGUAUGACUUCUGCGUUGUGGCAGCCGGUUGUGAUCAUGGCGACCUUUGGACAAUUUCUCCCAGUGCGAAUGCAACCAGGGGAGCGGAUCCAAAGUGCCUGGAAGGCAGGCAACAACAGAUCGAAGAAGAAUAUCGAAAUCUAAAAGAACUGGACGAGCGUGGAGCGCAUGUGGCGGUGAUUGGUGCUGGCUUCGUUGGGGUGGAGUUUGCGGCAGAGCUGCGGUACUUCUUUCCAUCCCUGGAGAUCAGUGUAGUCAGCAGCAGCGAAGGCUGUGUGCCUUCCAUGCCCAAAGGGGCACAAGACUAUAUCCAGAGAUAUUUUGAUCAGCACAACAUCACGACCUAUUACAAGACCACCUACUCCGAGUCCGAGUCGUCCGAGUCCGCCGGGAUCCGGAAGGCGGCGUUCUGGUCCGGCCUGGGACGAGCCGUUCCGGCGCGGGUCUUCAAAAGCGUUGGCAUGGCAGCGCAAUGCGACUUUUUACCCAAAAGCUGUUUGACGGAGAAGGGCUAUGUGAAGCUCAUGCGGAGCUUGCAGAUUGCCAAUGGAUCUCAGGAUGACGCAGUUCCCUUCGCGGAUGGACAGAUUUUUGCCAUCGGCAGCUGCGCUGGCCAGGUGCCGGGCAUUGAUCCUUUGCCCAAGAAUUCCUUCCCAGCCGAAGAGAUGGCAGCGCACGCAGCUAGAAACAUCCUUCGGGGAGCGAAGGGCAAAAGCUUGAAGCCCUUCAGAAAGUGGCCCUGGAUGGCGGGCGUGUCGGCCACCAGCCUAGGACCAAAGGAUGGCGUGCUGCUGGUGAACAGCAACGCCAGGCCGCAGAGUGGCUUCGUGGCGUUGCGUGGCCGCAUGGUGGUCUGGAUCAAGGAGCUCAUCCGAUGGACUAAGGUGGAUGAGUGCAGAUUGGGCAUCCUGGGCACGUCCGUUUGGCGUUUCGUUGGUUCGGAACUCGUCGGAUGGCUGUCCGAAGAGGUGCUGAGACGCGCCAGCUUUGGUAAAUGGGACUGGGUGGCAGAGACCUUGGACGCCGGGCACUCGGAAGUCUUCAGAUUUGAAAGAUAUGAGAUCAUCAAUUGGAUCAAUGAUCAAAACUUGCGACCCCCUCAUCUUGCCAUGGGUCCAUCGGAAGUGCUGGAAGUGGGUGAGAGCUGCUGUGACGAAGCAGGCAGAAGCGUCUUGGAGUAUGCGGCCAUGAGCGUCGUAGCGGAGCCAAAAGCUUCCAAGGUACUCCAUCGACUGCUCGAUGUGGGCAUUUCAUUCCGGGCAGACCAGGAAGAGCUCACGGCACUGCACUAUGCAGCGUUUGCUGGAUCUGAAGAAGCAGUCAGUACGUUGCUGGCGGCCCGGGCUUCGGUGGAUGCAUUGGCACAGAGGGGAAUCACGCCCUUGAUGCUCGCUGCGCUCACUGGAAGCCUGGGCUGUUCUCGUCGCCUGCUGGCGGCCGGUGCGGAUGCGUCCUUGACGGACGAUCACGGUCAGACCGCUGCGAUGUGGGUCUGUCUGGGAUGUGGAGAACCUCCCUCCAGAAGUGGUCGACAAAGGUUGCUGAACAACGGGCCGGAGGAGUUCAAAGCCAUGAUGGGCAUCAGCAACGGCCUUCAUGAAGCCUUGGAUCGUCGGCGGGCGAGAGGUGUUGCCGAGCCUUGGGGCGGACCGGACCGCCGCGAGCUGCUGGGAGAACUGGUGGAUCGCCUUUGUAGCUGCUUCGAAGCGGCUUCCCCGCGCUCCCCGAAGGGGUCCCCCACACGGGCAGCGGUCACAGAGCGGUGGCUGCCCCUCUUGAGGGAAGCGUCCAAGCCGGGCCCGGUUCGCUGUGGAUGCUUCGCCGAAGUCUAUGCCCGGCUCAGACGAAGCCAAGGUCUGCACAUACCUCUGCUGGGCGCUAUCCUGCGCAAUGCCAUCGAUCAGGGUCGCACUUGGGGGGAGCAGCUGUGUUUGAUGCUUCUCCGAGAAGCAGGGGAACUUCCAGCUACUUGGGCUGAGAGGGCAGCGGAAAGACACGCUGCAGGAGCCCAUUAUGAAUAA